UUAGCAGCAGCAGGUAUGGCUACAAGCAGAGUGUUUCGUUUAGACAUCACUCAUCUGCAGUUAGUAAGAGAUGCUCUGAAGGAAAGUCACUUCAUUGAUGCUGACUGGUUUGAUCUGGGAUUGGAAUUAAAGCUACCUUAUCCUCAAGUGAAGAAUAUUGAAGAUACUUAUGUGAAUAAUCCAUCACGUUGCUUGAGAGAGUGCUUGAGCUUGUGGUUGACUUUAUCUAAUUGUACUUGGGAAUCAUUAGCUAGUGCACUUGAGAGAAUGAAUCAAAAACCAGCUGCUACACUCAUCCGUAAUACAUAUGAUGAUCCUGCUAGUCAGAUAUUACAGCAUUACAGUGAUAGAAUAUCACAAGUAUCCCUCACUGAUAGUUGUAUCCAGUUGUUAUAUACAGAAGGAUUAAUCACUGAGGAUACACAAAGGAAGAUUGAGAGAUGUGGUGGCUCAUUAAGUGAUACAUUAAGAGAAUUAAUGAUUACAGUAUCUGAUGAUCACAGCAAGCUGAGGUCACUAGGAAAUAUACUAAUGGAAUUAGAAGAAACUAAACCUUUAGCUCAAGAUAUUAUUAAAGAUUGUGAUCAUAGUGAAUCAUUCCUUGAUCCUGAAGCUGGUGUUCAAGAUAAAUUUAUUCCUGAUGUACCAUUAGCUCCAGCUGUUUCUCACAAUACUACUGAAUCAGUUUCAUCAGUUGUUCAGUCGUUUAUUAUCAGUGAAGGUUACAAGAGUAUGUUCAAUGAAACAAGAGGAGAGUUUGGUAUCCUAAAACAUGAAAUAGUUCCUUUGGUAGUUGAGAAAGUUUCAUCAGUUGAUGACAUGAAAUUGUUCCUUGUUGAAAGUUACCCCGAGCUUAGUCAAUCAAUAAAAGAAGCAGCGUCUGUUCAGGAAAUAAUGAGUGCUGUUAAAAGAAGGUGCACUAUUAUUGACGUAUCAAUAAUAAAGUCAAUUGUCAAUAAAUAUAACAUCAAGGAAGGGAAAGACCUCGUCAAAAGAUAUGAAGAGAAGGUUGACAGCUUUUGUGAGCAAAUGUCGCUUCCCUUUAUGCUUGACAAAAUGUUUCUUACUGAAAGUUUUCUCACUAGUGAAACAGUUCACUUUGUUCUUGACUGGAAGCCUGAGGAACACACACUUGAUGACAUUCAGCGACUUAUUAAGAAAGCAUUCAAGAAUCUUAAUAAGAGGAUUGUCGUACAAAGCAUUCAUUGUGGGAACUCCAUCAUUAUCAUCUGUUAUGGCCCACAUCAUUUACUAGCUGCUCUUCUCUUGGAAGCACAAGACAACCUAACUGUCUUGAUGAAGGAAUUUAGUUUAAUUAGACUAACCAUCGGCCACUACACUGUCUAUGAUAAAAGAAUCAGAUACAAAGUAAUGAAUAAUGAGUGUCUUGCAGAGGAGAUUAAAAUAGCUGAUGGAGAGAAACAAGAACUGAGGACUUUACUUGAUUACAAAGAAGGAUCAAUAUUUGAACAAGAUAAACAGCUGAAUAUCUUCAGAAAAAGAAAAGGUAUAGUUAGUGAACAAUGA